CGGCGGGCGGAUGGUGGCGGUUUUUUGGACGUUGGGGCCGUGAGGCGGCGGCGGGACCCCCCCAUCCUGGGAACCCCCGUCCCAGGGCUUUCCCGGCGGGUUUCUCGCCGGGUACUCCCCGCCGCCAGCCUUUCGGAGUGCCCGAAGCUCUGCUGUCCCCCACCCGCGGAGAGCCCGGCGCUCCGCAGGGGCGCGAUGAGCGCGGCGGGGAGCCCGCUCCGCUCAAGGGCGCCAAACCCCCAUGUCUCAUCCAAAUAUGCUGACUGCCAGUCUCCAAACCAGGAGGGCUUUACUCCUCUCCCUUCUAUCAGCGAGCGCUUGGCCCGUCUCCAUCCUUCCCGGGAGCUGCUGGAAUACUACCGCAAGAAGAUUGCUGACUUUGAUGAGGAACAGGAGGAUUUGGUAAAAAGGCUGGAGAGAUACAAAGAAACGUAUGAUAAUCAGCACAAGUUGCAGUGGGAAGUCCGUCAGCUAGAAGAGGAGGUUUCCAAGUUGCAGAAGGCUUUGAGUGAUAUGCAGGUCUACCUUUUCCAGGAGAGGGAACAUGUCCUUCGUCUUCACUCAGAGAAUGACCGGCUGAAAAUCAGGGAAUUGGAGGACAGAAAAAAAAUUCAGCAUCUCCUGACUGUAAUGGGAGCUGAUGAAGAAGUUACAUAUUUUCACAAUGAGCCUCCACAUAAGGUUACUGUUCUGCAAAUGCCAGCACAGUCACAUGAACGAGAUGAUGCUUCCAGCCCAGGUACCGAGAGGAGCACUUCAAAAGAAACAGUACAAGGAGAAAAACCAGGAAGUUCUGAGAGAUAUCAGUGUGUAAAUCAAACACUUCUACUACAGAUCCAGGCUUUGCAAGCUCAAAUAGAAGAACAGACACGAUUAUCCAAGGAACAGGUCGAGGCACUACUAGAGGACAGGCGGAUUCACAUGGAGGAAGCUGAAGUCCAGCAUCAGAGGGACCAGGAGAAGAUCAAAGCUAUAACAGAGAAGCUCCAAAAGACACAAAAUCUCUUAUAUGAGAGUACCCGUGACUAUCUCCAGCUCAAGUUUGAUGCCAGAGCCAAUGAGAAAGCAUGGAUGGCAGAGAAGGACUGUCUGUUGAGGCAACUUGGCAAAGGUCUGGAUCAACUUGUUUUCAAUAGUCCAUCAGGACAAAAGAAGCAUAAAGGUACCAAGAAGAUGCAUCGAGCUGAUGAUGGAGCUUCAAAAGUCCAAAGCAGAGAAAUAAAGUCACUGCAGGAAAAGCUAACGCAGGAACAACACCUAUCACACAUGUACAGAGAGCAGUGUGUCACCCUGGAAGGCGAGCUGGCUAGGAUUCGUGAGGAGAGAGAUGCUGGGAAAGAACUCUUUAAGGAACGCUCAGAAAAGAUGGGGAAGCGCCUGAAGCUGAUGACUCAGCGAUGUGAGGCCCUGGAAAAACGUCGUAGUAUGGAAGUAGAAGGCUUCAAGAAUGACAUUAAACAGCUUCAGCAGAAACUGAAAGAUGUAGAGAAGCAGAUUUACAAGGUUGCAGUGACUCUGAAUAUGGGACCAGAGCAGGAUCUUGCAAUUCUACGUGAGGUCCGCCAAGGAAACAGACUAACACGUAAAAUUCAAGGACAACUGAAAGACUUAAAAACAAAAAUCUUCUGUUUAGAGAAUGAACUACGGGUCUGCUGAGGCUGAAUUGUUAGCUGACAUCCUAGGUUUGGGAAUGAGACAUUGCUAAGUGGAAUAGUCAUAUGCAAGAGUAGCUCCUGCUUCUCUGUUUCCUGGCAUCCAUUGACAGAAGGUUUGAGGAAAUCUGCAGUUAAUGUCAUAACAGUGUGUGAGCUGUUCCCAGAGUGCCAGAUUAUAUGGCUGUUUCAGCUGAGAGAUGGCACCUGGUAAGACUGACAUAGAAAGUACAUGAUGACUGAUAUAUCA